GCUGAGAACGUGCACACUUGAAGAGCUAGUCGAGGCCAUAUGAUGAUCGCUAACAAAUUAUUCCAUCAACCAACUGCACUGGCCAGUGGCCACUUACUGAUCGUAGUUACAACAAAUUAUUUCAUCAACCAACUGUAGUGAGUACUGACCACUUACUGCUGAUAGGUAUUUUAACUAUAACUGCACCUAUUCCAUCAACCUAAUAAUGCAAAUCAAAAUUGUAAGAAAAUGCAAAAAAUGUUCAGUAAACACCCCUUCACCUACCUCAUGUGCUCUUCUCCAAAUCAUGUACGCGAAUGCGUCCAUCACAGAUCACAUCUCGCGAAUCUGCCAACAAAAAAUAGGGAUCAUCACAAGGUGAAUUUUCUCUUCUGCCACCAAAUGUCAGUACCUCAGGCAUAGCAAAACUGGUAGGAGAAAUGGUCAGAUUAAGUAUUAACACAUCAACGUCCUCGGAAGUCAAACUUACAAAUAAACCACAUUAGAUAUGCAACAUCAGCUAACCGUUGAGGUGUUGACCCAAAUUUUAUUUUCAUCACUGCUCACUACAACCAGACCGGAUCAAACAAACUAAAGAACAGAGCAGGUUGUUCCUUUCCCGUCUCGCUCUUUCUUCAUCAGAUAGUUUGGCACUUCAUCCUUACAGACAAAAGCUUAAGCCUGUGGUUUCCAAGCUAGAUUCUCGAGGAAACCAUGCAUCCACUCAGUCACUCACACAGGAACGGUUUUCCCGUUCCUUUCUUCGGUUUGGCUCUUGUGCUACUGGUUUGCUUGGAUUCUCCCACCAGUUCCUGCACAGACCAGGAGAAGAGCUCCCUACUCCAGCUCCUCACUGGGCUCUCGAGCGAUGGCGGCCUCACAGCAUCAUGGCAAAUCGACACUGACUGUUGCACGUGGGAAGGGAUCACCUGCAACCAAGAUAGGAGGGUCACUGAUGUUUCGCUGGCAUCUCGAGGCCUUAAGGGGUCCAUCUCGCCGUUCCUUGGCAACCUCACUGGCCUUUUGCGCCUCAACCUGUCCCAGAACUCGCUGUCCGAUGGGUUGCCACUGGAAUUAGUGUCAUCCAGCAGCAUCCUUGUUCUUGAUGUCAGCUUCAACUGCCUGACAGGAGGCCUGAGUGAGUUGCCAUCUUCAACCCCUACACGGCCUCUACAGGUACUGAACAUCUCAAGUAACUUUUUUACAGGUAGGUUUCCAUCCACAACAUGGGAGGUGAUGAAGAGCCUGGUCGUGCUUAAUGCUAGCACCAACAGUUUCACUGGGCAGAUACCCACUACGCCCUGUGUUAGCGCGCCAUCUUUUGCUGUGCUUGAACUCAGUUUCAACCAACUCAGUGGAAACAUCCCUCCAGGACUUGGUAAUUGCUUGGCGUUGAAAUUCCUCUGUGCUGGCUACAACAACCUCAAUGGGACACUUCCAGAUGAACUCUUUAAGGUCAGGUCAUUACAGUACAUCUCGUUACCUAACAAUCGGUUACAAGGAGCGCUAAAUGGCAUCAUCAAACUCACAAAUCUUGUCACCCUUGAUCUUGGGAAGAAUGAGCUCAGUGGAAAUAUUCCAGAUUCCAUAGGUGAGCUGAAGAGAUUGGAAGAGAUCCAUUUGGGCCACAACAACAUGUCAGGGGAGCUGCCAUCAGCUCACAGCAACUGCACAAAUCUCAUAACGGUUGACCUCAAGGCAAACCAAUUCAGCGGAGAACUUACCAAAGUCAACUUUGUAAGCCUGUCCAAGCUAAGAAAAUUAGAUCUUGUUUUCAACAACUUCACUGGCACAAUUCCAGAAAGCAUAUACUCCUGCAGCAAGCUGACUGCACUAAGGCUAUCUUACAAUCAUUUCCAUGGCCAAUUGUCAGAAAAGAUAGGCAAUCUGAAGUCUCUCCGCUUUCUAUCACUUGUUAACCUCUCCCUUACAAAUAUCACGAGAACACUUAAGAUCCUUGAGAGUUCCAGGAGCCUCACCACCCUUUUUAUUGGGUUCAACUUCCUGCAUGAGACCAUGCCAGAGGAUGGCAUCAUUGAUGGUUUUGAGAAUCUUCAAGUUCUUUCUAUGAGUUAUUGUUCAAUGUCUGGAACAAUACCUGAUUGGUUAUCAAAUCUCACAAAUUUGGGGAUGUUAUUUUUGCAAGGCAAUCAACUAACUGGGCCAAUACCUGACUGGAUUAGCACCCUAAACUUUCUCUUCCAUCUAGACAUAUCAAACAACAGUUUUACAGGGGAAAUUUCAACUGCCUUAGCGGAGAUGCCAAUGCUAAAAUCAGAUAAGAUUGCAGCAAAGGCCUUCUUUGAGCUGCCUGUUUAUGUUUUCAGUCCAUUUAUCCAAUACAUCAAUGCUGGUGCAUGUCCGAAAGUGCUUAAUCUAGCCGUCAAUAAAUUCACUGGUGUGAUCCCGGGGGAGAUGGGCCAAUUAAGAGCACUCGUUUCACUUAAUUUGAGCUACAACAAAUUAUCAGGAGAGAUCCCAGAACCAAUCUGCACCCUCACGAAUCUGCAGAUGCUCGACUUGUCCAGCAAUCAUCUUACUGGUACAAUUCCGGCCGCACUAAACAAUCUGCACUUUCUUUCCAAAUUCAACAUUUCUAAUAAUGACUUCGAAGGCCAUAUUCCAACUGCGGGCCAGCUUAGCACGUUUCCAGAUUCUAGCUUUGAUGGGAACCCAAAAUUGUGUGGUCCUAUGAUUGCAAACCAUUGUGAUUCAGCAGAAGCGGGUCCAGAGUUCAUCAACACCGGCAAAGAGAUUGGCCGUAAAGUCACCUUUGCAAUCGCCUUUGGUGCUUUCUUUGCAGUAGGAGUCCUAUAUGAUCAGAUGGUCUUAGCCAGAUAUUUUGGCUAAAACCUUGUAACUGCUAUCACUGCCCAAACCGUUACGUGAUCUCAAGUAGUUCCCAGUUCAGCAAGACCAUGUCAGUGGCUCCAGCCCUAGCAAGAACAACAUCCCUUGUAAACCUGCUAUCUUGAGUUAGUGACGUUUCAUUGUUGUACUCCAUGUAACAGAAACAUGAUUAGCAAGUGAGCAACGUUAACAGUGAGCA